UCAACUGAGCGAGUACGUCGAAUCGAAUGAAGUGAUUAACGAUGGACCUGUGGUUGAAGUCCCCCCACUCAGAGACAGAGUCCGGCAAUGGAGUCUUCCAGAGUAUAACACUCCAGAGAAUUCCAGAAAGGCUGUGGAAGAGACUUAUUCCACAGCUGGAACGUUUCCGAUGCCAGAACCGAAAGAGAAGGAACCAUUGCUAGCUGAACUUGAAGUUGUGGGGAGAUUACCCUUGACCCAAUUGGAGACGGCGUCAGGAGUCAGGAGGAGUAGGAGCUGGUACCUCUGUUGUCCAAACAUGGGAGAUGAAGAGGUUUCCAGAGAGUCCUCCUGGAGAUACUCAAGUCUGCGGCCUGUAACUGCCCCGCCGGUUCCUGGACAGAAUGGGAUGAGCGUGGUGACUACGCAAUCAAGUGGUAACGACAUGGUGGCCCUUCGUGCUGAGCGUGACGCUCUGGCGAGGGCCUUAGCCGCUGAGAGGCAGCGGGCGGCCACCGCUGCGAGAGCUCAUGAUGCGAGGCUGGCGGAGCUCCACGGGGUCAUAGCUGAGCUGGUCAGGAGACGUGCGGCGGACAAACACGCCAGGGCCAUACCGGAGGAGGAGGUUUCUGACGAGUGCGAAUCGACCACACAGCUAGCCGGAGAACUGGACAACGACGCGGACAGGUCCAGGACUGAACAGAACGACUCGUCGUCCCUGGUGAGUCCGGCGGAGUUGCCGACUCCUCAGGAGCCGAAGGUGGCUCCAGACCUGGCCGACAACAGCACCGACACCAGCUCGCACGAUGCUGCCGGGCCAGAGAACCCGUGCGUGGAGGUGACGUCACCUCAGAGUCAGCAGGACACGGAGAACUGCGACACCAGCCUGAACCUCUCGGAGAGGGACUCCGAGAUAUGCCUCAACACUGCUAGAUGCUGUCAGUACGCGCGGCAGGCUCACGGCGGCAGCUCCGGCAGCUGCGAGCGGCAGCACGGCUCGCCUGACGCGCGGCUGUAUACUCCAUCUCCUGGUCGCUCGGAGUCCAGACAAGCUAAGAUAGCGUCCAGGGUCCGCCUCAGGAAGACCGAAGACUCCGACUCCACCAACCACGUGAACAAUGAAGGGAGCUGGUGCGCGGAGGCGGCGGAGCGGCUCGCGCUGGAGGUGUGCGCGCACGCAGACCUGCGCGAGGCACUCGUCAGCGCCGCUAAUGAUGGGUGCGCGCUGUCGGCGCAGGUGUGCGCGCUGCGGGCGCGGUGCCGCUGCCUGCGCGCCGACCGCGCCGUGCUCGCCUGCGCGCUCGACCGCGCCGUGGACACCGCGCACAGGCUGUCGACGUGUUGCGCGGCGCACGAGGCGUCGUCGGUGUCGCUGUGUCUCGCGCUGCGCGCCGCCGACCGCGCGCUCGAGGCGUACGACGUGCUGCUCGCGCUCGCCGAGACCGACCAGCGACACGCGCAGCGUGCGUCGGCGGAGCUAGUGGCGCGGCAGUUGCUGGCGCGGCUGGACGCGGAGCAGGUCGCGACCAUCGGUGAACCACUCCUGUCUCCGGGACCCUGGCUCCAACACGACACUCAGGCGGGCGGCGCGGAGGGCGCGGAGGGCGCGCGGUGGAGCGCGGAGAGCGAGGCGCGGCUGCGCGCGCACGCGGCGCGGCUGAAGGCGGACACGGUGGCGCUGCGCGACACGCAGCCGCCGCCGCAUCUCUUCACGUACCACGACGGGUCCGAGGAGCCGCUGCCGGAGCCGACGGGCGCGUUCAGUAUGGCCGCCAUGGAGGACGCCGUCGACAUGCAGGAGGCGCUGUGCUCGCUGGAGGCGCUGGCGCAGACUCGCGCGCUGCACGCCGCCGCACAGGAGUCUCCGCGCGGGCGGCGCCGGCGCGCGCGGCACUGGCUCGCGCCCGCCGCCGAGACCGAGCUGUGAGCGCGCCGGACACAACCGACAUGUACGGGAAUGUCGUAAGCGACAUCCACACAGUAUGGGCCUGCACUCCGAAAAUUAAAAAAAUGCGAGUGUGUACUUAUGUCGCACGUAAGAAGUUAUACUUAAUGAUUUCUUAUGUUUACGCGAAUGUUAGACAUUGAAAUUAAACUAAUUUUCCGGAUUCUAU